CGCUAAAGAUCCUUCACUUGCUCCUGACCUAAUCAACGGGGUAAUAAUGGCGUUGUUGUUCUGUUCAUGUUAAUUUAUCCAUGUUUUCCCAAUAAAAACCCCUGUAGCCAAAGCCCCCGGCUUUUAACUACGAAUUCGAGUGGCCGCCCAGUUGAGCCCCUGGCCCCAAAAUGUCCGAGGUUUUGGAUGAAUGGGAAGAGUUAUCCAAUGACUUCAAAGAAUUGGAGGUAGUGAAUAGGGCCUAUUUGAGACAGCUGGAGGAGCUGUCCAGCCAUCAGAAGAAGUGCCAGGAACACAUCAAGCACCAACGCUAUCGAAUAGGGGUUUUGUCCAAGAAUCUCCACAAGUUGGAAAAAGCCAAAGACAAUGAGCAACAGAUUCGGGAGUUGCAGACGAACAUUUUGAAGAGAAAGGCGCAGCUCUACGAAGUAGAGCAAACUCUGCCCAAAGAAAAUGGACUGUACUUGAAAAUAAUCCUUGGAAAUGUCAAUGUUUCCAUUCUGAACAAAGAGGACAAGUUCAAAUACAAGGAUGAAUACGAAAAGUUCAAGCUGAUUCUGAGCGGAAUUGGCUUUAUAAUGGCCAUUCUGAACUACUGCAUCCGAUUCAGAGCGCUGGAGUUGAGCUACAUAUUUCUGCUGGUUUGGUACUACUGCACAUUGACCAUUAGGGAAAGCAUUCUCAAGCUAAAUGGGUCCAGAAUCAAGGGCUGGUGGCGGUUCCACCACUUUUUCUCCACGGCAGCGGCCGGCAUUCUCCUCAUCUGGCCCGAUAAUGAAACCUGGCUGGCCUUUAGGAACCAAUUUGUGCUCUUUACUAUUUAUCUAAGUUUCGUUCAAUACUUGCAGUUUAGGUACCAAAGAGGGGCCCUCUACAGACUGAAGGCGCUCGGUGAGCGCCACAACAUGGACAUCACGAUCGAGGGCUUCCAUUCAUGGAUGUGGAGAGGGUUGAGCUUCUUGUACCCCUUUCUGUUUACCGGGUAUCUCUUCACGCUGUACAAUGCGUACACGCUGUAUGAGCUGAGUUUCUACCCCAGUGCCACGUGGCAUGUUUCCGUUUUGUGCGCGAUGUUCUUCGUGUUGUUCCUGGGAAAUACUCUAACAACCAUCAUGGUGAUACCGAUAAAACUGCACGAGAAAGUUAAACUGCAGUAUCGGGUGAUGAGCCAACGGUUGAGCACGCAGCUGUUGAACAACAGGGAAACGGAGGGCCAGGCAGCCGCCAGCGGCAGCAAUAGCAAGGAGGAAUGAUUGAUGAUGGACCUUGGACAAAGUGUUAAUUUAUUUACCGGAAUCUCACGUGCUUUUGAUUAAUUUUAAGUCCAGUUAAUUGAAUAGUGUCAUAUUUAUUUCAUGCAUGUCAGUAAUUAUUAAUAAAAUUAACGCAACUAAAAUCUAAAUGCAUCAAAUAAUA